ACAAGUUUCUGCCCAAGCCCUUGUCGAACGUCUGUGCUGCGCUGCUUUUGCAGCUUACGGGAUCAUUUUUUUGCUUGCAAACUACGGAGGCUGCCCGACCUGUCCUAGAUACCGCAGAAGUAGAUGUUACAACAUCUGGGGAAGCACAAGCAGCAGCAGCAGCUCGUAGUGCGACUGCUGCUUCUCCUAAAGCAAAGCGCAGGCGCUGUGGCUCGCGUUCUCCUGCUCGUCGUUGCUCCUUCCUCCCCAUGGAAAAGGAGCAGAAAAAUGUCUGCCCAGAUAUCAUCCAGUUGGACGAGGAUGCUCUUGAUCCUUUCGGAAUCGGAUCCCGGCCAGAUGGACAAGGAGGAGAUGAAUCUGAAAACGCACUGAAAAUUUCCGGCAUUGAUGUUCAAAUCUUUUUUCCGACCGAGCCCUACAAGCUAACGAAAGAGGACGAAUUGGAAAAAGCCAAAGCAAGCUACAUGAAGAACGGUUUCGCCUUCAUCCAACCUGGGAGUCUACCUAAGGAAUUGCUUCAGCUUCAUGUCUCAGCCUCAGGCAAGUCGAAGUCUACCACUAUUUAUUCUCCAAACAAGGAAAUCGAUAUCCAACAGCUGCCAAACACAAAAGCAUGGCUCCAAUAUUUUCAGAAAGAGAUCAUCCCGAAGUUAGGCAUCGUAGGGGACGGCGAGGUGAACAAGACGAACAAGUUAAGCAAGGUCAUGCCACCCGCAAGGAGAAUGUGGAACGAGCGGAUCAAUUAUUAA